UCAGCCUGGAAAGAAGAUAUCCGUGUUUACCAGGGAGGGGAAUUAACCAUGGGAACAAUGUACCAAGGAGUGCGGUGGAUUCUCCCUCGAGGUGGGAUGUGUUUCUAAGAGAUCUGCUCUCGUUCAAACAGGAAUUAACUGGGUGCAAUUCUCUGGCCUGCGUUAUCCAGGAGCUCAGCCUUGGUCCCUCCUGGCCUGGGAAUCUACCAAUCUCCGCCAUGACUUCUUGGAAUCCGUCUUCUCGCUCUGGUGCUGCCCGGUGGACAGGGACACAAAGUGGGCAGCAGGGGCCGGGGGCUCAGCCGGAGCCGGCACGCCCGGUGCAGCUGGUGCGUCUGGACGAGGAGGCCCUGAGCCGCUGCCUGGAGCAGGGUGGGGUGGGGGCCGCCCCUGUCUGCCUGGUGUCCAUCAUCGGGGAGCAAUGCCGGGGCAAAUCCUUCCUGAUGAACUGCCUGCUGUGCCGGCUCCAGCGCCAGGUGAGUGGGGACGGGAUCCCCAGAUAAGGCUCCG